AUGGCAUCACUAUUGAUUUACGGUGCCACUGGGUACACGGGCCGACUUAUAGUCGAAUACGCAAAGAGCAUCCAACUGCCAUUUCUCAUCGCCGGACGAAAUAAGGAAAAGGCCGAGGCGUAUGCCAACACUGCAAACCUGGCAUGUCGAGUCUUUGACCUCGACACCCCUCAUGAUGUAGAUCAAGGUCUCAAGAACAUGACUGUACUGCUGAAUUGCGCUGGGCCUUUUCUUUACACGGCCAAGCCUCUCAUCGAAGCAUGCCUACGGAAUGGCGUGCACUACCUUGAUACUGCCGCAGAGCUCGACAGCUACAGACUCGCUCAGGAGCUCGACGAGGAAGCAGUAAGACGCAACGUCAUGAUGUUGCCAGGUUGUGGCGGCAGUGUUACCAUGCUCGGAUUUCUCGCGCGCCAUGCCCUAGGACAUGUCCAUGGUCCCCAGAGUAUCGAUAUCGCGCUCCAUGCCUCUGGGCCAAUGUCGAAGGGAUCGGCCAUUAGCGCGAAAGAAAACAUGUCAACAGAGUGCCUGGAGCGAGCGAGCGGCAUUCUGCAACAGGUCGAUGAAGCGACUACAGCGAUCUUUGAUUUCGCCGACGGACGGGGUGCAGUCAUCAGUCAUCAGUUUACCCUUGCUGAUGUCAUCACGCUCUGGAAAUUAACAAGUGUUAAGAACAUCCGCACGUUUAUCAACGUGUCAGGGGAUCCAUCUCCUAUUCCAGAUCUGGAGUCGCUUCCCGACGGUCCUACGCAUGCGCAGAGACAAUCGAACCCUUACUCUGCAGCGAUACUGGUCACUGGCGACGAUGAGACCGUGAUUAGAGCUGUACUUCAUACUGUCAAUGGGUACACAUUCACUGCAUUGGCCUCUGUGGAGGCAGCGAGAAGAGUCCUGGCAGACGAGAUGAAGCCUGGUUUCCAAACAAGUGCUGGAGUCUUUCAGAGCGACUUUCUAGAGUGUAUUCCAGAAACAAGAAUUGAGUUCCAAAAAUAG